AUGUUACGACGUCAAAUCCGAGAAAGGAGACAGUAUGUUUAUGCGAAAUCGCUAGAAGCUCAAGAACGGCAGACCUAUGAACGCAAGCAACAGCUAAAGGACGCGCUUGCAACUGGAAAAUCUCUACCGACCGAACUCAAGAAAGAUGCCAAGCGGUUAGGAAAAGAGUUGGAAUUUGACGAGGCACAAACAGACCCAACGACACACGUUGAUAAUGAAUACUCUCGAGCCGGUAUCCAAGACCCCAAGAUUGUCAUCACAACUUCAAGAGAUCCCUCGUCAAAACUACUACAGUUUGCAAAGGAAAUGAGAUUGGUAUUUCCUAACUCACAUCGAGUCAACCGAGGGAAUUAUAUUAUAAGAGAGUUAGCAGAGGCGUGCAGAGCAAAUGAUGUGACGGAUCUCAUAGUUCUUCAUGAGCACCGUGGUGUUCCCGACGCCAUGAUCGUCUCGCACUUCCCUCACGGACCCACAGUCUAUUUCACGCUAAACAACGUUGCAUUGCGCCAUGAUAUAGCAACGUACAAAGAAUCGACGGUGUCAGAACAAUAUCCACACUUGAUUUUCGAAAACUUCACCUCCAAAUUAGGCGAAAGAAUACGGGACGUGUUGAAAUACCUAUUUCCUGUACCGAAAGAAGAUAGUAAAAGAGUUAUGACCUUCGCGAAUGAAGACGACUUCGUAUCAUUCCGGCAUCAUGUAUUCGUGAAGAUACCACAACAGGUUCAACUCGCUGAAGUUGGUCCUAGAUUUGAGAUGAAACCCUACGAGAUCAGGCAAGGAACGCUAGAGCAGACUGAGGCUGAGCGAGAAUGGGUCCUUUCACAUUAUUCGAGGACGGCAAAAAAGCGCAAUUUACUGACGGGCUCGGGCUCGUAUUCCGGGCCCCGACAUUCAAAUCGUCCACCGACAAAGAAAAUCAAGCGUUGA